AUGGGGCAUGAGAAUGAAGAUUUGGCCAUCGCCCGAGAUCUUCAAGCUUUUCUGUUCGGAAUCACCUUUCCCGCAGCUUGCAUUAUUGGCAUCCUAGUACUCGUUCAGCGGCUCAGGCGUCGACGACCGGGCAGAUACAUCCUACCCGAGAAGCAAAUGGAUCCGCAGCCUCCGUUGCCCGACAGAUCUGGUGGCAAGGCCCCAGUGGGCCAAGGGGUGCCCUCUCCCAAAGACCCAUCUCACGAUACCACCAGACUACCUUCGGCCUGCGAUAUCCUGCAGCCUUUGUCUCAGCUGGCACCUUUGCCCUCGAGUGGCUAUCUCGCCGCCAUGCUAGGCCGAGAGCGGGGCCCCAAGGACAAGCAAUCAUUUGCGCAAGACCAGAGUUUUCCGUCUUCAGCUGCUUAUAUGGCCUCGCCCAGCGCUAGCUCCGGUGAUAGUCGUCCGACUACGUCGCAUACGAGUGACAGCUAUCGCUCUGGUUCGCUAUCCGAGGGAUCUGAUGCGUCUCGUCGAGGAUCCGAAGAUCCGCAGCACAUCACACUCUCACCGACAGGGUGGCGUACAGAAGACAAUCCCGAGGAGUCUCACGGCCUGGCAGGUCUAGACAGAUCUCAAGCGGUCCAAAAGCGGAGCCAGGUUGUUCAGCAGCUCUACGAUGUGGACGAGGAAGGCGUCCGGACUUGGAGACGACUCGUGGUCGAUUAUCGCUAG